UUCGCGAGUGAAUACUUAUUAGGCGGUGGCUACUUUUACCAACAAAAGAAGUUUCAACGCGCGCGUAAUGGAAUUUUUCAUAAAACUCUUCGUUUUAAUUACUUGGUCAACCUUAGCCACAGGUCAACGGUGGAAUACCUACGAUGGUCUACCGUCCAUUUUCUUAGCACAUCAAGGUGAAAAGGUAUUUAUGCCACCACACACACUACCUGGAUAUGAAAUUGCUGCCAUAACGGGUGCAGAAUACGUUGAACCCGAUUUAGUGAUGACAAGAGACAAUGUCUUGGUGUGCUACCACGACGUGACACUAAAAAGGGGAACAAACAUCGAAGAGCAUCCGGAAUUCGAACAUUUGCGACGAAAUUUUAGCGGCAUUAUCGGAGUUGUGUACGAGAAUAUCGUGGACGAUUUUUUCGUUGAAGAUCUGACUCUGGCCGAACUGAAAACGUUGAAAGUGAAGCAGAAUAAUGAAGGAGUCAGAUUGCAGUAUUUCAAUGAUCAUCUUCAGAUUCCAACAUUCCAAGAGUUUAUCGAUGUUAUUCAUAAGAUGACCGUGAAAUUGAAUAGGACAAUUGGAAUCAUUCCCGAACUAAAGCAUCCGUCGUUUCGAAAUCGCAAUUCCAGCAAUCCACAUUUCAUGGAAGACGUUUUCUUAAAUUCGUUGACCGCGAACGGUUAUGCUUUAAAUGCAACACAGAGCCCACAAUGCCGAGCUAUAUUCGACAAUGUUAAUGCAACAAUCAAUUGUCCACCAGUCAUAAUUCAAAAUUUUGAUAAAAAUGCCCUUGCAUACAUCUCAACUCAAACGGAUCUGGACCUGAUGAUGGUAGUGCAUCCUGACCUUCCGUGGGUUACGUUCCAAGGUAUGGCAGAAGUUUCGUUAUUUUCCCGUUAUUAUUGCGUGUGGAAGGAAUAUAUGUACGUCGGUGUUGAGGCCGAACUCGCCUAUAAUAACAAAACGUACGACGCCGAAUUGAUCGAAUCGAUGGGCGGAUUUGUUCCUGCUAAAGAAUUUGUAACUGAAGCGCAUCGUCUAGGAAUGAAAAUGGCACUGUUCACGAUCAACGAUUCUAGGGAACCGUCCAGACGAGGAUGUGCCAUAACGCCGGGAUGUGAUCCCGACGACAAGGAGGAGGAAUUGUUCUACUUUUUCGAAAUGGGUGUGGAUGCCAUUUUCAUUGAGAGUUUGGCUGAGUCACGGGAAAUUCGCAUGAAGUUUGAUUUUCAGAUUCGAACCAAUCAGACAAAAGUUUAAAGUGAUUUCAAUUGGAAUUAGACAUAGUUGUAGAGAAAUGAUACCUAGAUGGCGUUGCUUAGUUUAUGUAUAUCAUACUAAAACUUUCAAAAAUAAGAUAAAGAAUAU